AUGCUGGGCGCAUCCGCAACCCAGUCCCAAAAGGCAUUGUCGCCUCAGCAGUCCACCCCAAGCGUCAACACCCUCAACCCGAGGCCGAGUUUCGAGCGGGAAGCGAGCAGUGGUAAUCUUCAACCACCCCUCUCUUCCGCCAAUGGACCCAGGAGCCUUGGCGCCUCGGGCGUCAGCUUCGCCCCGCGAGGCUCCUCGCUCAACCCCUCCAUCGCCCCGGGAAGCUUCAGCUCCGAGCUGCGCAGCCAGAUGAUGCCUUCGCGAUCCGGUUCGCGGGGCGAUAUCUACGCCAUGGACAAGGUCGACGAAGACAACGCCAUCAGCGCCGCCGAACAGGCUCUCGUCAACCUUCGAGAUCAACUGAACCGCGAGAUGAAGAUCAAGGAUGGCAGCGAGAACAUGUUGGAAGCCCUGAAUGCGAAAAAGGCCAAGCAGACCAAGGAGCAGAGGGCAAAGGUCGAGGCCGAGCUCUACGCCUCCAACCAAAGAAUCAAGAUCCUACGGCAGAAAAUCGCCGAUGCCCAGAGAAUGAAGGCAACGCCGACUACUCCUACGAGGCAAAGAACCGAGGGCUUCUUUUCUUCCAACAAUGGCUUACGCUCGCCUCCUAGUGUGUCGCGCAGCGGUGCAGGGUCGGAUGCCGAAGAGCUGCAGGAGCAAUCACCCACCUUCCUCCUGGCCGAGUUGUUGCAGGCGCUGGAGCAAGAAGGCAUGCCCCCUGAAUACUACGUCAGCCGCGGCAACAGUCUUGUGGACCUGUUCAGAAGACACCCGACACUGAAGUACGACCUCGUUUGGUCGGUCUUUGGUAUGCGUAUGCAAGUCAUGCUCCUGAGCGAGGCCAGAGAAGUGGUGGCAGCCGGCUACCGCAUGAUUCGAUACGCCAUAUCCGAUGUGUCGUCUUUGAAAAAGAUUCGCAGCUUGAACACAGACGUCAUUGUGAUAACAUCCCUCAUCAAGGACCGAAAGGCCGAUUUGGAGCGGGAACAAGCGCUCAAAUUCGUCCGGGCAUUCCUCGAUGUCAAGGAUGGAGUGAAGGAGGUUUCGAGGGCUGUUGUCCGCACGAUAGCCGCUGUGGCAGAGCAAGCCGAAGAUCGGUUGCGCUCGAUUUGCUUGGAAACCCUGGCUGAGAUCAUGCUCCGAGAUCCCGCGCUAGCGGUUGCAUCUGGCGGUCUAUCACCACUUUCCGAGGCGCUCAUCGAGGGUACCUACAAAUCGCCAGAGACCCUCACGGCAUCGUACUUGCAGAUUCUGGAUAGUCCGCAGAAGAGGAUUUACCUGCGCUCCGGUUAUGAUCUGGAGGUUCUCUUCACGGCAUUUACAGACAUCAUCCUCGCCAACGAAAGUCUCCUGAAGCAAAAUGCAAAGGCUAUCACCAAGAUCUUGAAGAGUUGGCCGGGCCUGAUGAUGCUGACGAUGCACGACUCCCGCGCCAUCAAGUCUUUGCUCACCAGCAUGGUACUUCCUCAGGCAGCUAUUCGAGAGACAGUCAUCGAUCUUGUUUAUCUGUUGCUUCGUAUCAAAUCCCCCUCGUGGGCGUCCUCAUUCCUCGCUGGUCGCCGGCUGACGACAUACGGACGAGUUGCCAGUCUCAAAUCGGCCCCAAACCAGCAAACGCCCUUAACAAUUUCGACGCCUCAAGAGGAUGACGGCGGAGAGCAAAAUUUCAUGGACCAUUAUACGGCUCUGCUCUUGGCAACGUUCGUCAAGGCUGGCCUGCUUCAAAAUCUCCUCCAGGUUGCUAGGACGAGCGAACCUGCCUUGACGAGAAAGACGUGUCUUCUCAUUGGGGAGGUACUGAAGCUGUCUAGCAGAUUACUACCUUCGUCUUGGAGCAAUGAUCUCCCUCUGCUUCCCGACCUCUUCGCGGCGGCCACACAGUUCAACGAUGACAGCAGAUUCAUUGCCUCUGGCAUUGUCUAUCAGAUCAGCUCAGUGAGCAAGACUCUGUACCGAAGCACAUCAUCCACGGCGACUGCAGGAGCGUUGCCCUCGAGCGACAGUAUGGGGAACCUUGCAGACAUGCAUCGCAAAAGCAACGCCGGGAUUGUGGUUCAAGAGGGCGCGAUCCGGCAGCUGCUAGUCGAGUCCAAUGUCUUGAAUAGCUCAAACUACAUGAAGUGGAACUGGGACGUCAUUUCACGCAUCAUUGAUGGUCCCCUCCAAGACGGGAAGCGGCUGGAUGAAGUCAACAGGGUUUCGAAGUUCAUGAACAGAAUCAUGAGUUUCUAUAGGCCGUUUAAGCACCGGUUUUCAGAUCUCUCAACAAACAAGAACACCCAAAAGUACGUCAGGGUUGGAUGCGCCCUGAUGCACACACUGCUACAAUCGCCAGAAGGCGUCGACUACCUGCAAGACCACAAGCUGCUGAGACAGAUAGCAGAAUGUCUCGCUCAGUGCGACCCAAGCAGUGGACUCACUUCAGCAGACCCCAUGUUUUCUCCUGGCCGCCUGCAAAGCACCCUUUGUGCUGGCUACUUCCCCAUGCUAGGAGUACUCAGUGGUGACCCCAAAGGCCUGGACCUUCUGCAGCGCUGGAGAAUGUUCAACAUGAUGUAUCACAUUCUUCAACACAAGCAACGACCAGAUCUGAUCAAGUUGUUGCUCUCGAACUUCGACUACAGUAUCCCGGGCCAUCCUCGCGUGCUUAUUGAGCAAGCUUUGACGUCUGGCACACGGGAGAUUCGAAUUAUAGGCACGAAUGUUUUGAGGAAAUACGCUACCCGGCCCUUUGACGCAUCACAACCUUCCCACGGCAAGGUGGAUUGGAAGUGGGCGAUUGAGAAGCUGGUCGAUCAGCUUUAUGAUCCCGAGGUGGAGGUUUGCCGAACUGCGGUUAAGAUCCUCGAGAAGGCGUGCAAUAAGAAGGCAUAUCUGGAGUACGUCGUCCAAUGUCGUCCAACGAUGGACCAUCUUGGAGAAAUCGGCGCCCCUCUCCUCCUUCGUUUCUUGUCCUCUUCAAUCGGCUACCACUACCUCGACGGCGUUGACUACAUCAGCAACGAGAUGGAUGAUUGGUUCCUCGGCCGCAACGACUCCUAUGUUGGUGUUAUUGAGACCAGCUUAGCGAAGGCGUUUCUCGAGAACCCGGAAGAACACCAGAACAGGAUGAACAUGGUCGACGAAGUCCAAGCCGAUGCCGAGCCCGAAAACCACAUCCCGCCUCACUUCUACCGCGAACUCGCCCGUACAGAAGAGGGCUGCAAAUUGCUCAGCGAUAAGGGACACUUUGCAGAAUUCGCAAGCACCAUCAAGGAGUACGGAAUGCAAUCAGAAGACCCUGAGCUAAUGCUCAAGGUCAAGGCGUCAAUGUGGGCGGUCGGCAACGUGGGUUCCAUGGAGCUGGGAGCACCGUUUAUUGAAUCAUGCGAUGUCGUAGAAGACAUUGUCAAGAUUGCCGAAGAGCACGAGGUGAUGAGCCUGCGUGGCACAGCCUUCUUCGUGCUUGGGCUGAUUUCCAGGUCUGCGCAUGGCCUCGAGAUUCUCUCGGAAUGCGGAUGGGACUCCAACUUGUCACCUAGAGGGGAGUCGUUGGGUUUCUGCAUUCCAAACGAUCUCAACAAGUUCUUCUCGUUCAAGCCCUGGAAGCAUGCCAUCGCAUCCAAGAUCGCGUUGCCCAACACACAGAAGACUUACUUGACUCCACCGCCUCCCACCGAAGCUCGACCGCCCCUAGAAAAGGAGGAGUUGCCCGCCUUCACAGACGAAGCCGCCAUCAACCAGCGCAUCCUCGACCUCGUGGUUGACCUCGGCAACAUGGUUCUGUAUAAGCGUGCAAUGGGCGAGCUGAUGCAAAUCAGGCAGCACAAGGUGGCAGGCUUCAGAUGCCCAAAGAUGUUCAAACGCAUCAUGACGAUGCUCGAGUAUAACCAUUAUCGCCUUCCCAUCAGGCGCAUGGUCAUCGAGAUGUUUGACAAGAGUGUCCUACGGAAGAUUGUCUUCGACGAAGACAGCGAUAGCGACGAUGAAGAGGACGAGGAGGACGACGACAACGUAGCGUCGUCUGGAGAUGAGAAUCGAACCGAGAGGCAGAGGAGCAUCUCGGAUCCGUCCGAGCUAGAGAAGGAUGGCCCCCCGCAGAAGACGGAGCGGUCAGACAGCCAUGGCUCAGCCGAAUCGGAUGACUCUGCGGAGACGGCAUAG